AUGAAGGCUGCAGCUCGAAGAGCCCAGGACAAAUUGAGCGAGCAACGGAAAGACUACGAGGCAAACGCUACUCAAGGAGGUCUCGCUCCCUCCAGCGCUUUUGGGGGAGAAUUGAAGCGCAAAGCCUUCCAACCGACCGGCCUCCUCGUCGAAGAUGCCUUUGAGAAGCGAAAUCCGUCAAACAUGGAACAAGCUCUCAAUCCGCGUCCCGGAGCCCGGUUACGAUGGCAGCGCAAGAUGGUCAUCCGAGAAAUCAGACAUCGCGGCCGGCUCUCGAAGGAGGUGAAGAUCGCCCGGACCGAGCGCAGCCACAUGUCUCGAUCGCAUUUCUUCAAGACUUCGAUGAAGAAGCUGGCGCCGCUCGCCCGCCAAAUUGCCGGCAAAUCCAUCGACGAGGCGAUUCUUCAGAUGAGAUUCUCGAACAAGAAAGUCGCCCAGGAUGUCCGGCAGCACCUCAUCCAAGCGCGGAACGAGGCCAUCGUCGUCAAGGGCAUGGGUCUGGGCCGCGCGGGAUCUGAAAACCAAAACGCAGAGCUCCUGCAAGCAGACCCCAGCGAGACGCCACCACUCCCGCAUCAGACACCGUUGAAGACGUACAAAAAGGGCGUCGCCCCCGACCCCACCGACAUGUACGUCGCCCAGGCGUGGACCAACCGCGGUCCCUACGGACGAGAACCGGACUACCGCGCCCGAGGACGCAUGUACAUCAUGAGACCGCCACACACGGGCCUCACCGUGCUGUUGAAGGAAGAGAAGACGAGGACGAGAGAAAAGGCUGAGAAGGAGGCGAGGCGGCUGAAGAAGAGGCUGGGCAAGAACAUGUGGGUGCAUCUGCCCGAUCGGCCCGUCACGACGCAGCGCCAGCAUGUAUUGUGGUAG